GGGGCGGGGGGAGGGGGGGCGCAAAGGCCGGGCCGUGCUGUGGGGCAGCCAUGGCGCAGGCAGAGGUCCCGCGGUGUCGCCGCGUGGGGAUCCUGGGCUACGGCCAGUUGGGGCAGUUCCUGGCGGGGCAGCUGCUGGCGCAGGGCCCCCCCCUGGGCCUGGCUUUGGCCUUCGUGUGGGUGCGGGGGGAGGGGCGGCUGGAGGGGCUGCCCCCCGCCCUGCGCCUGCCCGACCUGCGCCUGCUCCCCCAGACGGAGGUGGACCUGGUGGUGGAGGUGGCACAUCCCUGCGUGGCCCAGGAGCAUGGCGAGGACAUCCUGGCCCACGCUGACUUCAUGCUGGGGUCCCCCACGGUGCUGGCGGACCCUGCGGUGGAGCAGCGGCUGCGGGGGGGCGGCCGCGGGGGGGGUCACACGCUCUAUGUCCCCCGGGGCGCCCUGUGGGGCUGCGAGGACAUCGCACGCAUGGACCGGGCUGGCACGCUGGCUGCGCUGAAGGUGACAAUGACAAAGGCCCCACAGAGCUUCCGCCUGGAGGGGUGGCUGCAGGAGCGGCUGGUGGCAGCGGGGGGGACACGCACUGUCCUCUACGAGGGUCCUCUGCGUCCCCUCUGUCCCCUCGCCCCCAACAACGUCAACACCAUGGCAGCCGCAGCGGUGGCCGCGCCACACCUGGGCUUCGAUGGCAUCCAGGCCUGCUUGGUGGCUGACCCCAGUGUUCCCGACUGGCACAUCGUGGAGGUGGAGGUGACAAGUGUUGGGGACAAGGGACGGGCGCUGAGUGUCACCAGCAUCCGCCGUAAUCCGGCGGCACCCGGUGCUGUCACUGGCAGUGCCACCCGUCACGCCUUCUGGAGCAGCCUGCUGGCCUGCCACGGACAUGGUGGAUGUGUCCAGCUCUGCUGAGGCCACCAGGCUGGGGACAGCAGGGGACACCAGGGGAGAAUGACAGGGACACUGGGGGACAGCAGGGGACACUCAGGACAGGCUGGGGGCAGGCCAGAGACACUGGGGGACAACUGGGGACAAGCAGGGACAGGCCAGGGAUGGUGGGGGAACAACUGGGAGAGGCUGGGGACAGUGGGAGGCACCCAGGACAGGCGGGGGACAGGCCGGGGACAGUGGGGGAAGGCCAGGGACAUCCAGGGACAGGCUGGGGACAGCAGGGGACAGGCAGGGGACACUCAGGGCAGGUUGGGGACAGGCCAGGGACACGGGGGGACACUGGGAGACAACUGGGAGAGGCUGGGGACAGCAGGGGACACUGGGGACAGGCCAGGGACACCCAGGACAGGGCAGGGAGAGCGGGGGACAGCAGGGGACAGGGCAGGGAGAUAAGGGGACACUCGGAACAGGCUGGGGACAGGCCAGGGACAGUGGGGUGACAACUGGGAGAGGCGGGGGACAGGCCAAUGACAACUGGGGACAGGCCAGGGCCACUGGGGGACAACUGGGGACACACAGGGACAGGCGGGGCCCAUUAAAGGCGACAUCGCCUUCA